CAUUGCAGGGGAGUAGCAGUGUCACUGAGGGGGGGGGGGCAAGCCGCCGCGAUGCCAGGUGAUGGGCGACGCAGCUGGCAGCGACGGUUGGAGGGGGGCUGAGCCCCUCACGCUGUGGCUGCCAUGGAGGUGCUGCUGGCUGUCGCUCUGCUCCUGCUCCUGCCCCCUGGCAGGGCCACCGGACCGCUGCCCACGCUGGCCCCGCCGCUGAGCAUGAUGGUGGCCGGGCAACGCCGGCGGCUGGUGGUCUGCGUGGUGAGCGACCUGGCCCCAGGCUCCGGCCACGCCGUCUGGAUCUCCGGUGGGAACGGCAGCACCCUGCAGUCUUUCACCUACGGGGCCUCCCAGGAGGACGGUGGCACCGUCUGCACCGUCUCCCUCCUCCCCGACGACCCCCCGGCCGAGGGGGAUCUCGCCUGCCACGUCGGACCCAACACAACCUCCCCGGCCCACAGCUCCAGCCCCGUCCGCGUCACGGGUACGGCCCCGCAGCCACCCUUUCUGCCCGUCUUGCUUGCUCCCCGCUGUCCCAGCGGUCCCCGGGGAUGGGGGCCGGCGGGGAGCAGGUGCGAGGUCCCCCUUCCCUGGCCGACGUCGGGGCGCGCAGGAAGGGGUUUGCGGCCGGCCCUGCCGCACACCUGGCACCGGGUGGCCGCUGUCGCCUCCCCAGCUGCUCUCUCAUCCCACAGGCGACGAAGAAGCGGCAGAGCCGUGUCCCGGCAGCACGGCUGUGCCGCUGGCCCGUGCCUCGGCAGCCCUGCUCGUGGCCGUCCGCGUGGUGCUGCUGAAAGUCGCGCUCUCCGACGCUCUCCUCACCUCCAUCCUCCUGGCCCAGAGCUGAGGGUCCCGGGACGGAGGGGGAGGCGCGGAGCUUGGCAGCAAAGAAAAAAGGAAGAAAUGAAACUCCGCAGCUCUGUGCAAAGCUUUCCCUGCCAGGGAAGUGGCUGUGGAGACGCUGAUGGCCGAGCUGUGCCGUGGCACCUGCAUAACCCCAGAGAAACAUCAUAGCGAGCACUGACCGCGUGCCGCUCCUCUUCCU